UUUGGUUUUUAGUUUUUAGUUUUUACCCUCUAGAUCUCACAAAAAAGAAAUAGCCAAAAUCAUCCAAAAUCUAUCCCCUUAUCUGGCCUUAUCCUAAAGCCAACUCCGGCCUAUUACUCGCUUCUCAUUUGAUGAUGCUCUUGCUUUAGCCAACCAAUACACACUCUCUACUCCUCUGCACCACUCCACUGCUCGUCGCCACUCCCAUCGCCACCGCUGUUGCGGCCGCAGUCUACCUUCUGCCACCAUGGCAGGAUUACUCGGAACUUCCUCCACCGCGCUCUUCGCUUCGCGCCCUCUUUCUUCUUCCUCCCCGAAACUCUCUUCUUUCACCAUUUCUUCUAACCCUGGAAAAUUAAAUUGGAGAAAAUUCUAUGGUGGAAUUGGGAUUCCUGUGAAGAAGAGUAGGUCGCAGCUGCAAUUUUCAAUUUCCAAUGUUGCCACUGAACUUAAUUCUACUGUACAGGCUCCAAGGAUUUCAAAAGAAAGCCAAAGGCCAGUAUACCCGUUUGCGGCUAUAGUUGGGCAAGAUGAGAUGAAACUCUGCCUUCUAUUAAAUGUUAUUGACCCUAAGAUUGGUGGAGUGAUGAUCAUGGGUGACAGGGGUACAGGGAAAUCCACUACUGUUAGGUCAUUAGUGGAUUUGCUCCCGGAAAUUAUGGUUGUUGCUGGAGAUCCAUUUAACUCGGACCCUGAAGAUCCCGAAUUAAUGGGCGUAGAAGUGAGAGAAAAAGCCAUAAAAGGAGAAGAUCUUGCCGUUGUAUUGACUAAAAUCAAUAUGGUUGAUUUACCAUUAGGUGCUACCGAGGACAGGGUUUGUGGGACAAUCGAUAUCGAGAAAGCUUUAACUGAGGGUAUCAAGGCGUUUGAGCCGGGACUUCUUGCUAAGGCUAAUAGAGGAAUUCUAUAUGUCGACGAGGUUAAUCUUUUAGAUGAUCACUUGGUGGAUGUUCUUUUGGAUUCUGCAGCUUCAGGGUGGAACACUGUUGAAAGAGAGGGGAUUUCCAUCUCACAUCCUGCUCGGUUUAUCCUGAUUGGGUCGGGAAAUCCCGAGGAAGGAGAGCUUAGACCCCAAUUACUUGACCGUUUUGGUAUGCAUGCUCAAGUUGGAACUGUAAGAGAUGCUGAACUUAGGGUUAAGAUUGUGGAGGAGAGGGCCCGCUUUGAUAAAAGUCCUAAAGAAUUCCGGGAGACUUACAAGACCGAGCAAGAUAAACUAACAGAUCAAAUUACAUCUGCAAGGAGCAACCUUUCUGCUGUUCACAUGGAUCAUGAUCUUCGUGUUAAAAUCUCAAAGGUUUGUUCUGAAUUGAAUGUUGAUGGUUUAAGAGGUGACAUAGUCACAAAUAGAGCAGCAAAGGCUUUGGCUUCUCUGAAAGGUAGAGAUAAGGUGACUGCUGAGGAUAUCGCUACUGUUAUUCCUAACUGCUUAAGACAUCGACUUAGGAAAGAUCCUUUGGAGUCUAUCGAUUCUGGUUUACUCGUUAUUGAGAAGUUCUAUGAAGUAUUCAGCUGAAGGAUAUGCAUAACACUUCUUUCUGCCAUAAUACUGUCAUUAAAUUUUGUCUUUGGUUAGUAAAUCCUGCUUCUUUUCCUAGUAAACGUGAUUUCUGACUUGAGUGAAAUAUCCGUAUCUGUAAUAUUGGUAAUUGAAACACAUUCGGAAAUCUAGAAUUCAAUUAUGAUAUCUUUACCUUGUGA